GACCCCUUCCCGUCCAGCAGGUCAACAGCCAUCAGCAAUGCCGCGCUGCGCAGAUUUCGCCUACAAGAAGGACCACCCGUUUGAGAAGCGGCAGGCGGAGGCGGCGCGGAUCCGCGAAAAGUACCCGGACCGCAUCCCCGUCAUCUGCGAGAAGGAGCCGCGCUCAGACAUCCCGCCGGUGGACAAGCGAAAGUACCUGAUCCCGAUGGACCUGACGGUCGGCCAGUUCGUGUACGUGAUCCGCAAGCGCAUCUCGAUCCCUCCCGAGAAGGCCAUCUUCAUCUUUGUCAACAACACGCUGCCGCCCACCGCCGCGCUCAUGUCGACCGUCUACGAGAACCAUCGCGACCCGGACGGAUUCAUGUACAUGAUGUACGGCGGGGAGAACACAUUCGGAGAGCUCGAGCUGCGACCUCUCUCAGAGCUGCUCGAGGAGCUCGACAGAUGAGCGGCAGAAGAGUAGCCGCCCCGCGUUUCUCGCCGGCAGAGCCCCAUCCGCACAGGCAGCGUGCCGCAGCGCAACUUGCCGCGGCGGCGGACGCGAGGGCCGAUCCGACGCUGCUCGAGACCGAUGACUGCCCUCUGUGCGUGCUCCCCUCUCUCCCGUGUACUCCCCCCCCCCCCC